AUUAUCCAUCGUCCUCACCUUUCGCUGCGAACCGACGAUCCUCUUCGCACUCGCUGCCCGCCCUCUACCUCCUCCCAAGCAUCUUUUUGACACACCCACCAACUCGUUUUUUUGGACCGCCACCGGGUCGACGGUUCUCUGCUUCUCGUGCUAUCGUGACAUGCGCCACGCGCAACAAGUUUAGCCAUUCUUCCCCCACAUUGAACGCUUCUUUUCCCAACCUCCUCGCUCCACCGUUGGUUCGUUUCAGGAUUAGUGAUUGGCCAGCAUGGCCUCAUACUCAACCACCAUCGCGCUCAUUCUCGAGUCAAGCCCGACGCCCUUGACCACCAAGCAGCUCUGCUCCAUCAUCGAAAGCCAUGCUGAUCACAUUCCCAUUGUUCGAAAGAGCAAGAACUGGCGUAAUGGCAUCCGACACACUCUCUCCGGUCAUGCCGGCUUUUACAACAAGGUCAAGGGUAGCACCCUCCAACCAUGGCACGUGGAUAUGGACGCUCUCCCCCGAGCCACCCGCAAUGCCGUUCAUCUCUACCGCCGCCUACGCCAGCAAUACUCUACAGAACCCGAGUACGAUUCCUUGCAACGCGUCUUCGUGCACCUGAUUGACGGUCGCGACCCCCACACCGCGCUGGACAAGGAUGGUUCUACCAUGCUCUCAAGCGGAUCGAGGCUCGCGCCUUCCAUGAGCCAGGGCACUCAAGUUCCCGUCGGCCUCCCCUCCGGCUCUACCAGCGACAAUGCAGCCCUGCUGGCCUCGGCCGCCCGCUUUCUCAGCACCAAUAACACCACCGGCCAAUCUCCCAACAGCGGCAUGAUCCCCAACUCGGCCAUGGUCGGCGCCUUCCCCAUGCCCACUCAGUUUGGCCACAUGGCCAACCUGCUGUCCCUCAUGAGCAACCCCGUGCUGCAACAGCUUGCUCAAGCCCAAUUACAAGCACAAGUACAGGCUCAGUCCCAACCAAGCUCAGGACUCGCACAGAACACCCUUCCCCACGACAGCAUGCCCGACCGUAGCCCCACCCUAACCACCUCAAUGCCACACUUGUCAAGCAUGCCCUCGGCAUCACUACCUCCCCAUUUAUCCACCUCGGCCGCUGCUGCCGCCGCUGCUGCUGCUGCUGCUGCCGCCGCCGCUUCCCAGGGCGUUGGUCCCAUGACCACUGCCGCUCAACACAAUGGACUGCAACAACACUCCCAAAGUCAUCCCACUUUGGGCAUGGGCUGGAACGUCAAUCCUCUCACACUGGCAGCCUAUUCAGUUGGUGCCUCGCGUAGCUGA